AUUGAUAUCGACACCUCCCUCCCUCUUCUCCGUCCCUGUUGAACGAGAGAAGACGACAGAGUAACCCUAAAACGGAAAAGAACAACUGAAAUAAAAUAGCUCUCAAACAUUAUCGAUGAUCCAAAAGAGGCCGACAGAAGCACGUGAAAUCCAUAACAAGAACUACUGUGUUUUGGGAGAUGCUUAUGAGAUGGUGAUGGUGCCCAAGGAGCUCGAGCUCGAAAAAGAGAGCAAUUUCGAGUUCCGAUUCCAAGUUCCUGAUGUUGGACAAGCCAUUAGAGAUUCCAUGAGGAGUAGAGAAGUCAGGGAGUUUGUUAGUGGGGCUCUAGCAGGUGCCAUGACUAAAGCUGUCCUUGCUCCCCUGGAAACAAUCAGGACAAGAAUGGUGGUUGGUAUUGGAUCCCGAAAUAUUGCCGGCAGCUUCCUUGAGAUCAUUGAGCAGCAGGGUUGGCAAGGAUUGUGGGCUGGCAAUGCCAUCAACAUGAUCCGUAUAGUCCCCACACAAGCAAUAGAGCUUGGCACGUUUGAAUAUGUCAAACGAGCAAUGACAUCAUUUCAAGAGAAGUGGAACCAGAAUGAAUGCCCAAAAGUGAAGAUUGGCAAUGUUAAUUUGGAGUUCUCCCUCUCAUGGAUCUCUCCAGUUGCAGUUGGUGGUGCAGCUGCUGGGAUUGUCAGCACCCUUUGUUGCCAUCCUCUUGAAGUAUUAAAAGAUCGACUGACUAUAAAUCCUAAGGCUUAUCCUAAUAUUACUCUUGGCCUUCGCAAUAUUUACAAGGAUGGUGGGAUUGGUGCUAUAUAUUCUGGGAUGUCACCUACCUUGAUUGGAAUGCUUCCGUAUAGCACGAGUUACUAUUUCUUGUACGAGACAAUAAAGAAAUCUUACUGCCAAGCAAAGAAGAAGAAGUCUUUAAACCGUGCAGAGAUGCUCCUUAUAGGAGCUUUUUCAGGCUUCACUGCAAGCACAAUUAGCUUCCCAUUGGAGGUGGCCAGGAAACGGUUAAUGGUGGGAGCACUGCAUGGAAAGUGUCCAGCCAACAUGGCAGCAGCAUUGUCGGAGGUCAUUCAGGAGGAAGGUUUGAAGGGACUCUAUAGAGGGUGGGGUGCAAGCUGUUUGAAGGUCAUGCCAUCCUCUGGCAUCACCUGGAUGUUCUACGAAGCUUGGAAAGAUAUAUUGCUUGUUGAGAGGCACCACCUGUAACAGCAGAUGACUAUGCAAUUUGCCUUCGAGUCACACCAUAUUUUGAUUGCAUUCAAUGAGUGACCUGCCAUUAAUGAUCUUUUGCAGGUAGAAGAGGCCAAUGAUCUGUACU